GUUUUUUCUCUCACAAUCUUGCGUGGCUUCGCCGCAGCAGAACAGGCAAUGAGCCUCGAGGAUGCCGCGAGGAGGCUAUCGUGGCCUUCGGCGGCAGCCUCGCAUACAGCCUCGGUUGGGACCUCCUUGAUGGCGGGGUGGUUGGAUCCCCCGCUAGCGGCCGCAUUUGCCAACGACAUCGCCGCUCAGGGAGCCAUUUCCCCUGCCAACCCCAUCCACAUCACAAGCGCCAACGUGACCACCUGGAAAAGGGAACUGCUAACUUGGCACCCGGCCACGAAGGGAGUCCUUGUGCUGCAGGAGUUGCACCUCAAUGACGCGGGCCUCACUCAGCUCCGCAUCGAGGCUGCAAAGUGCCGCUUCCAUCUCUUCACGCCGCCAAAGGGCGAUCGUCCCUACCCCACUCGAGGUGGCAUUGGCCUCUUGGUCCCCGCCAACAUGCAGGGUCAAGCUUGUGGUGGCAUGAUCACGGAGGAAGGCUGCGGCUACGUGGCGGUCGCCCUCCCGCGCCUACGAUGGACCCUCAUGGUCGUCUGCGUGUACCUUCAAAGCGGAGCGGGAAUCCACGCAGGGUGCAACCCAGAAGUCCUCGCGGCCCUCAGGCCGGCACUCCGCGAUUUCCGCAACUGGAUUGCGAUUGGAGACUGGAACGCGCCUCCCUCCGAGUUUCAAGGCACCUCGUGGGCCGAGACUGUGCAACAUGGUCUUGUGUCGUUGCCUCAGUUAGCCGGCUACCAAGGGGCCCUGCGGGAUGAGAUGGCUCCCGCCGACCCGGCUUUUGUUGCCCCCGAUCUGGGGAAGAUUGGGGCCCAACCUAUCCGGUCAAAUCCCCUGACCUGCCGUUUCGCGGGCAUCACCGCCGGGAUGGCGGCACGACAUUUCACCAACGAAGGAGGGAGAGGCACCAACAACCCCCUCCAGCACAAGCCCCUCAUGCAGCAAGACUGGUCCUACCCGUGGAGGGGCCACGUAGCUGCUUUCUGGAGUCGACUGGCCUCCUUUUGGGAGCACCCGAAGAAGCACCUCCGGAGAAUUGAAACGUUGGUUGGCAACAUGCCACCGGAGGCCGUGGAAGCGACCACCCUCCACCUCACAGAGCAAGGGAUUGAGGCCUCCUCUCCCCAGGACUUCCUCUGUGCCCUCGGGGCGGCGGAGGAUGGCCGACCGUCAACCCUUCAGCUCCGCGACGAGGAGCAUCAACGGGCCCGGAAGGCUGAAACCGACGCGGUUGCCGAAUGGCUCGUGUUGGGCACCCGGCGUGGCAUGCGACCGCUUUUUCGCUGCCUAGCCAAAGCUGAAACCAACGUGGCGAGGCCUUUCACUGAAGUGACAGCAGAGUCUCGACCAUAUGA